UUAUAAACACAGGAAGGAUUCCAAAGUCCCAAUCAGAUUUCUGUAGAAAAAAACGAAGACACAACUGCAACUGAAUAACCAAGGCAGACACGAUGACUUCCAGUAAAAUCGAAAUCCCUGGUGAAGUGAAGACCGAUGCCGCUGCGCUCAUGGCAUCUCUCCAACUCAUGCCUUCGCCGGUGCCUAACCCGGAGAUCAAGUACACCAAGCUCUUCAUCAACAACGAAUGGCAGGACUCUGUGAGUGGGAAGGUCUUCCCUGUCUACAACCCAGCCAAUGGCGAACAGAUCUGUGAGGUCCAGGAAGCUGAGAAGGCUGAUGUUGACAAGGCGGUGCAGGCAGCCAGGCUAGCCUUCUCCCUAGGCUCAGUGUGGAGGAAGAUGGAUGCCUCUGAGAGGGGCAGACUGCUGUCCAAACUGGCCGACCUUGUGGAAAGAGACAGCGUCUACCUCGCAACUGUAGAGUCCAUGGACAGUGGGAAGCCCUUUCUGCCAACCCUGUUUGUGGACCUCCAGGGGACCAUGAAGACGCUUAGAUACUUUGCUGGAUACGCGGACAAGAUCCACGGCACCACCAUUCCAAUGGAUGGAGAUUAUCUCUCCUUCACUAGACACGAACCAAUCGGAGUGUGCGGACAGAUCAUCCCUUGGAACUUCCCCCUGAUGAUGACAGCCUGGAAGCUGGGCCCUGCGCUGGCUUGUGGGAACACUGUGGUCAUCAAGCCAGCCGAACAGACCCCACUGACCUGCCUCUACCUAGGAGCCCUCAUCAAGGAGGCUGGGUUUCCACCGGGAGUCGUCAAUAUUUUGCCAGGAUUCGGGCCAAUGGCAGGAGCUGCGAUGGCUUCACACAUGGGCAUAGACAAAGUGGCUUUCACAGGAUCAACUGAGGUCGGUAAACUGAUCCAAGAAGCAGCUGGGAAGAGUAAUCUGAAGAGGGUAACACUGGAGCUGGGAGGGAAGAACCCCAACAUAAUUUUUGCAGACGCCGACUUGGAUCUGGCUGUGGAGCAGGCCCACCAGGGGGUGUUCUUCAACGCUGGCCAGUGCUGCACCGCAGGUUCACGCAUCUACAUCGAGGAGCCAAUCUACGACGAGUUUGUCCGUAGGAGUGUGGAGAGGGCCAAGAGGAGGGUGGUGGGAAGCCCCUUCGACCCCACCACAGAGCAGGGUCCACAGAUCAGUAAGGAGCAGCAGAGCCGUGUUCUGGAAUUCAUCCAGAGCGGCAUCAGUGAGGGAGCCAAGCUGGAGUGUGGCGGCAAAGCUCUGGGCCUGAAGGGCUUCUUCAUCGAGCCCACUGUCUUCUCCAACGUCCGGGAUGACAUGGUCAUCGCCAGAGAAGAGAUAUUUGGGCCAGUCCAACAGCUCAUGAAGUUUAAGACUAUUGAGGAAGUGAUAGAGAGGGCCAACAACUCCGAUUAUGGUCUCGUAGCGGCUGUGUUCACCAAUGACAUCAACAAAGCCAUGACCAUCUCCACAGCCAUGCAGGCUGGCACUGUCUGGAUAAACUGUUUCAAUGCUCUGAGCACGCAGUGUCCAUUUGGAGGAUAUAAAAUGUCUGGCAAUGGGCGUGAAUUGGGGGAACAUGGGCUGAUGGAAUACUCAGAAGUGAAGACCAUUACUAUGAAGGUGGUGUCCAAGAACUCCUAAAGCAGCCAGCGGGGUUAGGAUGUGGGAGUGAGGAAGUUGACCUUCUCUGAGGCUCACCAGUCACCAUCUGUGGUGUCUUUGUAAAACACACUAACCAUCCUAUAGCCAUUUCCAUUGGUAACAGGCUGUGAACAUGCACUACCAACUUCAUCCCCCCACCCCCCAACAACACCACCCUGCCUGUGGCCAGUCUGGUGUUCUCACGUCUCCGUCCAGCUGUGUCCACCUGCCGGGACUCCGCAGGCAGUCUCCCUGUCCACACCAACCCCCCUGACUCCACCCCCCCCCCCCUAACCACACUAAAGCACUCGGAGAGAAGAUGGGGAAGGUUUCUCCAUGGCUACCACCAUCAACCCACUCUCAUCCUACUGGAACCCCAGGACUAGGACACUCACAGACUGAAGAUCCACACCUCCACCCCUGCCUCUCCCCAGUGUCAGCACUCAGUGUAAUGUAUUGUGAGGCAGCAUGGUUGUGUUGGGCUUUCAUCAUUGUAAAACCUCAGACUGUAUGUAUCAUGGCUUUGGUCUACCAGGUAGCAUUCAAGUACGCAUAUCAGCUCAUUCCAAGACCACUGAAGUUUGUGACCUCAGAUAAGUAUGGAAGAGUCCAUUUAAAC